CUGCGGGCGGACAGGAGACGUGGCACUCUGCUCACGGGGGUGGAGUUGCGAGCCUGAGCGUGCAGCAACAGGCAUCCAGGAUUACAUAAGAAACACAAAUUUCACAUAGAUUCUCAAGAAUAUGAAAAUUUACCAAGGAUAUUUUCACCAUGAUAUUUUUCCCUGCAAUGGCAUGACCUAUUGUCCCCAAAAAACAUCACUCAAUAUGUCAUGGUGCAUUGGAUAUUUUAGGUUUUUACGCAUUUCCAAGCAGCACAUGAAACAUCCUGAGGCUAUCACUGAUAAAAUAGAUUCUAUCAUUUAGCAAAUUUUGACAGAAAUCUGAGAUAUUUGAGACUGACUUUAGGACCUUGCAGCAACAAGCUCACUUCCUAACCUCUGGUCACUCGAUCUGGUGGGAGGUCUCUGUCUCAGGUUCCCAAGGAAAAUCCAGACAUCCUCAUUUGAAUAUUCCUACACAAACUUCCAGAACUUUCUUUCCCAGCAGUAUAUAGACCUCUGGAAACCGUUAGUCUGCAGCAAGUCAGCAGGAGAUAAGAAGAUCAGAGCGUCAGAGCUGCUGUAAAAGAAUGAAAAUCGAAAUCUUUGACAACACUAUGAAAACCUUUCAAGCUUCCCAGUUUUCCCGAAACACAAAGCAAGUAUGUGGGUGACCAGCCUCGUUUCUCUGUGCCUUGUGGCCGUGGUCUCUUCGGCUGAGGAAAAGAAACUCAGCAGUCAUGCAAUUUCCCUGGCUGACACUAGCGGCCACCUUGCUUUCAAUCUCUACCGUAACCUGGCUAAAGAGAAGGGUCUGGACAACAUCCUGAUCUCCCCUGUAGUGGUCGCAUCCAAUCUGGGCUUGGUUGCCCUCGGAGGAAAGUCCUCCACUGCCUCACAGGUCAAGAGUGUCCUUAAAGCAGAUGCACUGAAAGAUGAGCACCUGCAUACGGGACUGUCUGAGCUCCUGAAUGAGGUCAGUGACCCUGUGGCUCGCAACCUCACCUGGAAAAUCAACAGCAGGCUGUAUGGCCCCAGUUCGGUCAGCUUUGCUGAUGACUUUGUGAAGAGCAGCAAGAAGCACUACAAGUACGAUCACUCCAAGAUCAACUUCCGUGACAAGAGAAGCGCAAUCAACUCCAUCAAUGAGUGGGCCUCCAAGUCCACUGAUGGCAAGCUACCAGAAGUCACCAAGGAUGUGAAGAAUACAGAUGGUGCCAUGAUCAUCAAUGCCAUGUUCUUCAAACCUCACUGGGAUGAAAUGUUCCACCAUAAGAUGGUUGACAACCGUGGAUUCCUUGUGUCCAGUUCCUUCACUGUGUCUGUCCCAAUGAUGCAUCGCACAGGUCUUUAUGGCUUUUAUGAGGACAAAGAGAACAAGCUUUUUGUGCUCGACAUGCCUCUGGCCCACAAGAAAUCCAGUCUGAUUUUCAUCAUGCCCUACCAUGUGGAGCCCCUAGAGAGGCUGGAGAAGCUUCUGACACAGGAUCAGCUGAAGACCUGGUUGAGCAAAUUACAGGAAACUGCAGUGGCCAUCUCUCUACCUAAAGUCAGCAUGGAAGUCAGCCAUGAUCUGCAGAAACACCUGGGAGAAAUUGGUCUCACAGAGGCAGUGGACAAGUCCAAGGCUGAUCUGUCCAACAUGUCUGGCAAGAAAGAUCUCUACCUUUCUAAUGUGCUCCAUGCAUCUGCUUGGGAAUGGGACACAGAGGGUAACCCAUUUGACACCAGCAUCUUUGGCUCAGAAAAGCUCAGGAACCCCAGGCUGUUUUAUGCUGACCAUCCCUUCAUCUUCCUGGUGAAGGACAACCAGACCAACUCCAUCCUCUACAUGGGUAGACUUGUUAGACCAAAGGGUGAAAAAAUGAGAGAUGAAUUGUAGAAGCCAUUUGCUGAUAGCCAUUUGUUUUUGUUUUUUUAUUGUUUUUGAUUACUUGUAUUGUUUAUGGUAUGACCUUUACCCUUAUGAACACAGUCCAGCAGUUUGGUUGCAGAUACAGCUAACAUUUUCGCCAAACCACUACAGUAGCUUAAAAAAUAGGAAAAGAAUUCCACUUGAGAGAUUAGAUAAUUAGCUGAUCCACAGUUUUGAUAUCAACUGGACCAGGUUCCUUAAUUCAUUAUUAAAGUGUCCAUCAGAACAGAUGCUAUACUUACAUUAAGUAUAUUAGCAUUCAUGUCAGCCUGUGUGACUGUGAUAUUUAUAACUGUGCCUGAAGUUUGUUUUAAGUUCUAAUCUCCUGAGACUAUGUGACAACUGUGUGGGUUCUUUGACUUAUCUUUAAUGUUUAAAGGCAAAAGGAUUUUUGCACAAAUGUUUAAAUGGAAUGCUCAUGUGUGUCAAACACUUCACCUCACCCCGAAUCAGCCAAAUUGAUUUCACUGCCUUGUCUUCUGCACUGAUGCCUGUUUAUAAGCAUGACAGAUGAGGUCAAUUGUUGUAUCAUCUUUACUGUACAAAAGCUGUGUUGUGCUCAUGUUCUUUUUUAAAAUAAACUAUGAGUAAAAUAACUGUC